GGACGAAGCAGGAAGCACCCACUUAAAAAGGGGUGAUGGAUAUCAUGGAAGUUGUCUGGGGCGGAGCUCCUCUCUAUUUUCGGCAAGCCAACCGGCGAACCAUGCGCAUCUCAUCUCAUCAUCGUGAACUGAAGCCAAAAUGGAGAAAACUAAAGAGCUCGAUCCCCCUCCGUUUCAAAAAAGCAGCAGAACUCGCGAGGCGGAGGAGGCUCUGGUGUUCAAGAGUUGAGAGACCCUACUCUUCGUCUUCUAACCCUACGAAUGGAGAAGGAGCUGGUGGAGAGACUGGAGACCGCGGUGGCGAACCUGGAGGUGCUCGCCGCCGCCCGAUCCCGCUCGGCCGUCCCGUCGAUCGAUCUUGACGGCGCGGUGGCCCUAGAUCCGGCGAUCUCGGCAUUCGACGACCUGAUGUCUGGAUCGCUCGCACGGGUCUCCGCCGCAGCGGGGAAGAUCGGUGGGAAGGUCCUCGAGGCGACGAAGAUAGUGGAGGAGGCGUUCACGGUUCAGAAGGACCUCCUCGUCAAGGCCAAGCAAUGUCAGAAACCUGACAUUGCGGGCUUACAAGAGUUUCUCAAACCACUGAAUGAAGUGAUCCUCAAAGCAAGUGCUUUGACUGAAGGAAGGCAAUCUGAUUACUUUAACCAUUUGAAGGCAGUUGCUGACAGUCUUACUGCUCUGGCAUGGAUUGCUUACUUAGGAAAAGAUUGCGGCAUGAGUCUUCCAGUUGCACAUGUUGAAGAAAGUUGGCAGAUGGCUGAAUUCUACAACAACAAGGUUCUUGUGGAGUACAGAAAUAAAGAGCCAGACCAUGUAGAGUGGGCAAAAGCACUGAAGGAGCUCUAUCUGCCUGGCUUACGGGACUAUGUCAAGGGUUUUUAUCCUUUGGGCCCUGGCUGGGGUCCUGCAGGAAGUGUGAUUGUUUCUGCACCUUUAUCUUCUCCUUCCUCUUCAAAAGCUUCCCAGGCAAAGGCCCCUGCCCCUCCACCUCCUCCCUCAGCAUCUCUUUUCAGUUCCGAGACUGAACCGUUGCAACCUAAGCAAGGGAUGUCUGCCAUCUUUCAGGAGAUCAACUCAGGCAAGGCUAUGACUGCAGGUUUGAGGAAGGUUACUGAUGACAUGAAGACCAAGAAUCGAACUGAUAGAACUGGUGUUAUUGGUACAACUGAAAAAGAUUCUCGUGCCAGUUCCUUUUCCUGUUCUAAAACAGGACCCCCAAAAUUGGAGCUUCAAAUGGGUCGCAGAUGGGUGGUUGAAAAUCAGAUUGGAAAGAAGGAUUUGGUAAUUGAUGACUGUGAUUCAAAGCAGUCUGUGUAUGUAUUUGGGUGCAAGGAUUCUGUUUUACAAGUCAAAGGAAAAGUGAACAAUAUAACUGUUGAUAAGUGCAUUAAAAUGGGAAUCGUGUUUAAGGAUGUGGUAGCAGCUUGUGAGAUUGUGAACUGCAAUGGUGUUGAGGUGCAAUGUCAGGGUUCAGCACCAACAAUAUCAAUAGACAACACAUCAGGCUGCCAGUUGUACCUCAGCAAAAAUUCAUUGGAGGCUUCUAUAACAACUGCAAAAUCAAGUGAAAUUAAUGUAAUGAUUCCUGGUGCAGGCCCUGAUGAUGACUGGGCGGAGCAUGCAUUACCACAGCAGUAUGUCCACGCUUUCAAGGAUGGCCAGUUUAUUACAUCUCCGCUCUCUCACUCUGCUGGGUAACUAACUGUGCUUAUUACCAACAUUACACCCAUAUAUAUAUGUCUCAUAGCAUGAUUACAUGGAGGAGAGGAAUAAGACUAGGAGUCUUGUUAAUGGGUUUUGCAAGUCUCUAUUUCAGUUAAUUCUGCACCUGAACAGCCCUUUUUUAUUCCCUCUUCUUUUCUGUGGAUCUGUUAUUUUUGCCUUAUGAUUUAUCGGUUCAAAGUGA